GUCCCUAUUGGGCAAUCAUUAAUCGGAUUCUUGGCAUUCCUCUGUCCCUGGCCAGCAUGCUCCCCUCCAGAGCAGGAGCAGAGACCCAGGACUGGCAUUUGGACAUGCAGCUGACCAGCAAGGUGGUGCUGUCCGCAGCUGUGCUGCUCCUGGUGACUGCGGCUUACAAACUCUACAAGUCCAGGCCUGCCUCAGCGGGGGAAGCGGGGAGAAAAAACAAAGACCAGAAAGCAGAAAAUGAAGCAGAGGGCUUGGGACAAACUGCCUUCCAGGGGGCUGUACUGGGGGCCCUGCCAAGGGGUCCGAGACGCAGGAAAGCCAGCAAGGGGGCUGGGGCCCCACUGGACCCAGAAGACUCCUGUACCCUGGUCACUUCCAGAUCUGAGGAGUCCACAAGAAAAGGUUCUGGUGAGACUCAGAACAGGCAGCAGCGCCCAGACUCUCAGCAGGUGCCUCCUCCCUGUGGUGGCCAGGAAGCAGGAACAGCUGUUAGAGGUAAGCCCAGCCCUCCCCACCUCCCUCAUUUGGCCCGUGAACCUACAAGCUCCCCAGCCAGAUCUGCCCCAGGAGUGGGCAGCAGCUGUGUGGGUGACAAGCUCUCUUCAUGGCCAGAGGGCAGAUCCACAGAACAAACAGGGUCUGGGGACCCUGGAGGCCCCAGCUACCGGACUGAUCCUACAGUGGUCAGCGGUGACAUGAACCAGAGCUGGGCCUUCACCUGUGUGACAGCGGUCAGCAAGGAAGAGGCUGGGACCCUCCAGGCUGCUGCAGACAUGGGCUUGGCCACUCAGCAGCAGGAAGGCACCACCAAUGCCUCCUACACCUUCUCAUCUGUGGCCCGGAUCCGGAUGGAGGAGAAUAUUAUACAUAAGGCCGAGGGGCCAGGGCACGAGCUAAAGGGCAGAUUAUAUGACUAUUUUGUGGAGUCCACAUCAAAGGCUGUCUCCCGGCCAGCCCCCUUCACAGCAGCUCUGCCCGAUGUUCCAGCCCCUGAGCCCAGACCGGAACCCCUGGUCACAGGAGCAGUCUCCAGAGGCCAAGCUGACGACACAGGCAGUGCAGCUGAAGCAAUGGCCCCACAGCCUGAGCCAUCCUCCUCUGCAGGAGGCUUCGGUAGAAAGGUGAGCCUCCUGCAGAUCGCGGAGAACCCAGAGCUCCAACUGCAACCUGAAGGAUUCAGGAUGCCCCCUGCUGCCAACCUCGACCAGAGAGCCCAGCUGAGUUCAGCCUGCAGCCAUGAGGAGGCCCAUGUGGAGCUUGUAGCUGGGACCAAUUUCUUCUAUGUCCCGCUCACCCCUGCUUCAGCCCUGGAUGUCCACCUGGACCUGGGCAAUUGCUAUGAGGUGCUAACCUUGGCUAAGAGACAGGGUCUGGAGGCCCUGAAGGAGGCUGCCUAUAAGGUGAUGAGUGAUAACUACCUCCAAGUCCUCCGCAGCCCAGACAUUUAUGGGGGCCUGAGUGGAACAGAGCGGGAGCUGAUCCUCCAGCGACGGUUCCGUGGCCACAAGUGCUUGGUGGUGGCAGACGUGUGUCCCCAGGAAGACAGUGGCCGCCUCUGUUGCUAUGACAACGUGCAGGAUGCCUGGCACCCGCUCGCCCAGCUGCCCCUGGAGGUCAUGUCUCGGGGUUGUGCUCUCUGUACACUAUUCAAUUAUCUGUUUGUGGUGUCUGGCUGCCAGGGACCUGGGGGACACCCCUCCAACCGUGUCUUCUGCUACAACCCCCUGACGGCAAUCUGGAGUGAGGUGUGCCCACUGAACCAAGCCCGGCCACACUGUCGACUGGUGGCCCUGGAGGGGCACCUCUAUGCCAUUGGAGGUGAGUGUCUGAACACAGUGGAGCGUUAUGACCCUCGCCUGGACCGCUGGACCUUUGCGCCGCCACUCCCCAAUGAUACAUUUGCCCUGGCACACACAGCUACGGUGUGCGCCAAUGAGAUCUUCGUCACUGGGGGCAGCCUGCGCUACCUGCUGCUCCGAUUCUCAACCCAGGAGCAGCGUUGGUGGGCCAGCCCCACAGGGGGCAGCAAGGACCGCACAGCCGAGAUGGUGGCUGUCAAUGGCUUUCUCUACCGUUUUGACCUCAACCGCAGCCUGGGCAUCAGUGUGUACCGCUGUAGUGCCAGCACCCGGCUUUGGUACGAGUGCGCUACGUACCGCCUGCCUUACCCCGAUGCCUUCCAGUGCUCUGUGGUGGAUGAUUACAUCUACUGUGUGGGACGCAGGCGCGUGCUUUGCUUCCUAGCUGACCACAUCUCGCCCAGGUUUGUACCUAAGGAGUUACAGGGCUUCCCUUCUGCGCGGGGCACCCUUCUGCCUGCUGUGCUGACCUUGCCUGUCCCUGAUGUGCCUCAGACCCCUGUCUAGCGGUCUCUCUGCUGGGAUCCAUCAGCGUUCAGAGAAACUCCCUGUCCAUCACUCUGGGUAAG